AGGAGCCGUAUAAGCAGCUCAUGGCUGCGCCGCGCCUCCCUGCCCUGCCGGAUAUAAGCCGGGGAGACGAGCUGCUCUCCGGCGCUGAAGCUUUCUCCGUUCAUUGCCGGCUUUGUAUUCUAUAAUUGCAAAUAAAAACCUGAACAUGUGAACACCACCCUAUAACUUUCAGCAUGAACAGUACUCUCAUGGACUGACCGGUCACAUGAUACAGUGUGGUCCUCCCAGGAUGAGUCACAUGACACAAUGUGGGCCUGGCCAGGAUCAGUCACAUGACACAGUGACAUCAUCACACACUGCAGCCGGCAGCAUGGACAUGGCUGGGGAAGAAGUGCAGACUGAGGGCAUCCAAGUGCUGCUGAGUGACCAGAGCAGAGAGCAUGCCCCGCACUGCCCACACGGUCCAACUUUAUUAUUUGUAAAGACAUCUAAAGGGAAGGAGCACGGAAGAAGAUUCUACGCGUGUUCGGCCUGUCGCGACAGGAAGGAUUGCCGCUUUUUCCAGUGGGCGGAUGAAAAGGUCUCACAAGCCCGUCUUCUAGCAAGAGAGGAGCAUAAUCGCAGCUGUCAGCCGCCUAUAACCCAUCAACAGUACGUGGCAAGGUUUCAAGAAUUCAUUGCACUCCCACUAGCAAAGAGGAAGUUUUGCAGAGAGUGCCAGCUGCUUUUACUGGAGGGGGACUGGCCGGAGCACCCGGGUCACCAUCUACUUGGUGAUGUCUCUCUAUCUCAAAUGAAGAGACCCAGUCAGCUGCUGGUCCCACUGAAGAACAAGAAGAGUAAUGCCCAGUACCUGUUUACAGAUAGGAGCUGCACAUUUUUCCUGGACACAAUUAUCAGCCUGGGCUUUACCCGGGUACUGUGUGUGGGCACUCCCAGAUUACACGAGUGGAUAAGGUUUAAGUCCCUUGAAAACUCAAAUCCAAAGGUGAAGAGUUUCUUGUUAGACAUUGACUUUAGGUAUUCUCAGUUCUAUGGCCAGGAUGAAUUUUGUCAUUAUAAUAUGUUUAACCAUCAUUUUUUUGGUGGAGAGGCCGCACGGAGCAUCUGUCAGAAGUUUCUACAGGAAGAUGAUGGACAAGGGGUCAUAAUGGUGACCGAUCCUCCUUUUGGGGGCUUAGUGGAACCUCUGGCUUUCAGCUUUAAAAGAAUGAGCGAUCUGUGGAGGAUGACAGUGAACACAGAUGAUUCUUCAGAGCUGCCCAUGUUGUGGAUCUUCCCCUACUUCUUUGAGUCUCGUAUCCUUCAGUGUUUUCCUGAUUUCCGCAUGUUAGAUUAUCAGGUAGAUUAUGAUAACCACACCCAGUAUAAACAUGGGAGAACUGGGAGGAAGCAAUCACCUGUCCGAAUUUUCACCAAUAUUACCCCAGAAAGUAUCAUUCUUCCAGCCAACGAAGGCUACAGUUCUUCCCUAAAAUGGAUGUCUGAAGCCACUGCUGUUUAUUUUGGCUUGUGCUUCAGGACAUUUUCUAGGUUCUGCUCCAUCUGUAAGAGAUACGUGUCUGCUGAAAAUAAACACUGUGAAAUCUGCAUGGCUUGUACCUCCAAGGAUGGCAGAAUGUGGUCACAUUGUUCCCUGUGUAAUAAAUGCGUGAAGCCGUCAUGGAGUCAUUGUUCCUCUUGUGGCCGUUGCGCUCUUGAAGACCAUCCCUGUGGUAGUACUUUGGCGAAGGAAGGCUGUUUUCUCUGUGGAGACAAAGGUCAUAAGCGCAGCAGCUGUCCUCGUCGUCUUGUCCCCGGGGGACACAAAAAAAUGCUAAAUCAGGGCAAAAAAAAUCUAAAAAUUAGCACAAAGAAAAGUUCCCAUAUUCCAGUCGCUUGGAAGACUAAAAAGAAACAGAAGAAGAAGAGGAAGAAACCAGUAUCCUGAGUUUAUAGCACAAUAACGUUCUAUUAAAGGGAACUUAUCACAUUGAACUAGCAGUCUGAUCUGCCAACACUAUAAUAUAUAGCAGGAUUUUCUAAGCAGACAGAUAUAUAGCUAAGAGAUUCAGUAUAUUUCACCUUUAUACCUGCCCGUUCUAGGCUUAGGAGUCCAGUUGACGGUCUAAAUUACUAAGCUGUCAAGAACUCAGUAGAUCCUACCCACUGGACUUCUAAGCCCAAAAUAAGAACAAUGUUGGAUACAUAAAAUACUGUUAUACUGUUUUUUUUCCCCCAAGCAUAUAUUUCAACCUGCUCAGCUCCUUCUGCAGCUCAAACACCAUGUUCAAUGAGACAGGUUCCCUUUAACAUCUAGGUACAUCCUGCUGUUUUGUUCCUAUGUCUCAGCAUGUUUCCUUAUAUUGUCUUACAUCUUUAUAAUUAAUAAACCAACCCAAUUCACUUCUGUC